AUGACUUUGCUCCUUGUGGCGACUGGCCUUGUCCUUGGAUGGCUUCUUUCAUACUUCUUCCCAUGUAAAGAAAUCUUGUACAACCUUUAUUCGCAACUCUUUAAACGUUUCACAAGAGCCACUGGUAUCCACGGAAUGAUCCAAAAGGAGAUCACAAAGUCAGUGAACUAUCUUGCCGACGGAUUGAAAAUCAAAGAAUUCGACAACUACACUGAGAUACCUGAGGUCGGACUUUCAAAGGACAAAAUGUAUGAAUUGCUCGAGACCCGUAUGAACUACGACAAUAAUGUCAUUAAGAAGAAACAUAUUUCUGGGUCAUUCUAUUCGGCAUCACCUGAGCGUCUUGAGGUGACAAGUCAAGCUACAAAGCUCUUUGUUUUAUCAAACCCAUUACAUGCAGAUAACUGCCCUUCUGUAAGAAAGAUGGAGGCGGAAGUUAUUCGAAUGACAUCGAAUAUGUUACACGGCAGCGAAGGUGUGAGAGGCAUGAUGACUACUGGCGGGUCCGAGAGUAUUAUUUUGGCUGUAAGAGCGCAUUACCUCAAUGCUAUUAAGAACAGAAAUGUACCACAAAAUGAGUGUGAAAUUGUUAUGAGUCUCAACGCACACCCCGCAUGGUUGAAAGGAUGCGAAUUGAUGCACAUCACUCCCGUUAUCAUUCCAAUCAAUGACAAGUUUGCUAUGGGUGUUGAUGAUCUCAAAUACAAAGUGACUGAAAAAACUGUCUUGGUUGUGGUCAGCGCACCGUCAUAUCCACAUGGAAAUAUCGAUGAAAUUGAAGGCAUUGCGACUUAUUGUAAAUCGAUGGGUGUCCCAGUUCACGUCGAUGCGUGUUUGGGUGGAUUUGUAGACGCAUGGGGCGAGGCCGCAGGGUUCAACGUCCCCAAAUUUGACUUCCAAAUUGAAGGUGUGAGGAGCAUAUCGUGUGAUACACACAAAUAUGGGUAUGCGCCAAAGGGAUCUUCUGUGCUUUUGUUUGACAACGAAGAGCUGAGAAAUAUAGUGUUCUUCAGAUAUCCAAAAUGGGUUGGUGGGUUGUACUGUUCACCAUCUAUUCCGGGGAGUAGAGCUGGGAGUGCUAUUGCGGGUGCUUGGGCUUCAUUAUUGUUUACUGGUAAAGAGGGGUACAUAAAAGCCUCGAAAGGCAUAUUGGGCACCGCUAAAAACUUGAAGAAGGCAUUAAGUACAAUGGAAGGAAUCAAAUUGAUUACCGACUUGAAUCAAGACACUUCCGUUGUUGCGUUCACAACGACAAAAUUGAACAUUUACAAAGUCAGUGAUUGUAUGAAUAAGGAAUUCAACUGGGAAUUAAACACUUUACAAUUUCCAUCUGCAGUGCAUUUGUGCUUGACCGAAAACACGAUCGGCUGCGAGGAGGAAUUCUUGAAGGACUUGAAAAAGGCUAUGGACAUCAUAGAGAAGGACCCCAGUAACAAGAAGUACAAUGUCUGGGCACCAGUGUACGGAAUGACAUCAUCGAUUCCUGAUAAUGACACUUUGGAAGACAUGGUUGGGCAAGUUAUUGCGCAGUACUGUGAUGUGAUCUAA